UCGGGAGGUUUUGAAUUUGUAUAAAACGUUAUAAAAUUUUUAAUCUUCAAUGAAUAUUACAUCUAUUGACUUAUAAAACACCAAAGAAAAAAUGUCAGUAAAAACUUUACAAUUUACUUGUUUUUUCUUGUUUUUAAUUGUUAUAACAUCAAAUAUAAAUGCAUUGACAAAUGGAGAUGUUGUGAGACGUUUAGAGAAUAUGCUACAUUUUCUAGAUAUUAGUAAUGAAGAACAGUUAGAUACAGCAAGAACCAUGAAAAAAAUACAUAAUUUCACAAAGACCCAGGACCCAGUGUUAGUACCAGGCAGCGUUAUUACUUUAGGCCUGCAAAACAUGGAAUACGUUGUGUUUCAUACCAUCAAUCAUACAGUCUUUGAUCUGGCAACAUUAGCUCUUAGUAAAUACAAACGUCUAUCCAAAAUCAAUAAAAAAAUUUUAUAUGAUUUUCUCGAAGAAAAAGAUCAAAAUAAAGAUGGUACAAUUAAAUUUCUUGAAUUUAUCAGUUUUAAUAAUGACUGGAGUUCAAAAUAUUUUAAGAACGUAGAAGUAGAUGAAAAGCCGACAUUUAAUAAUAUAAAAGACAGCGAGCCAACUAAAAAUACAGUUACUAUUGUAACUGUAUAAUAUUUAUCAUGAAUCUUUUAACAAUAAAUAGACAUUUUCUUUUAAUAUUGAUGUAAUUGCAUAUAUAAAAACAAUAAAAGCUGAUUUUUUUUCAUUUUAAAAUUAUGAUAACAGUAUUAUUUCAUUUUUUUAGAAUAUUUACAGAUAGAUCAAUGUGUUUUUGUGUUAAAUUCGUCGCAGAGUUCAUCUUGAGAGCGAUAAUUAUGUGUCCAAAGGUGAACUCUGCACAAAGACAUGUUCAAGUAACUCGAAUAACUCGAUAAAAACACUUGAUUAUUAUUUCAGUAUGGAACGAAUUUGUGCAAAAAUAAUUAAAUAA